AUGGACGGGUAUGUCCGCUCACAAAGGGGCCCGGAUGACGAGGCUGACAAUUUAGGAUCAGGGCCGCCAUCUCCGGCCUCAACAGCCGGCACCGAGCCGACGGCACUGGAUCGCAUUGGAGAGGAGCUAUGUAUCAUAGCAACCUCCAUGGUGACUAAAGGCGACCUCCUUACCCAUACAACCUCCAUACAAGAUGCCCUCUGGGCAGAAAUUGCGGGGAUCCGGUUGGAGGUUGGCACCCAAGCAGGCCGCAUUCAAUCACUGGAGACAGCUCUGGAGACACAAGCAGCCAGGAGCUCUACGCUUGAUACCGCGGUCACCAGACAGGGGGACCUCCUACUUAACAUGCGGCAUGCCAUUGAAGAUCUGGAUAACCGGGGCCGCCGCUGCAAUAUUCGAAUCCCCUGA